CAAUAAAUGCUUCUUUCCAGCAUUUUUAGGGUUUUUCUUUAGAGGUCUAACAACUUUUUUCUCAGGGUACUAUUUUCAUUUUCCAAUUUUCCUACUGUAAUAUUUUGAGUACAGUAUCCGGUAUCGACAUUCACAAUCAAACUACGUUGGAAUUUACUUGCAGUUUAUGAAAUGUUUCCUCUCUAAAGUCCACCACUCUGUAUUUCUCUCUAUCAUUGACAUUAAAGAUUUUCUAGACAUGGCAGUAGAAGGUGAUGUCUGGCAAGGGUUUGUUUCUUCUCUUGUUUCAAACACUGAGGAGGCUGAACAGGGUGAGGACCGUGAGGAUGUGCUAUCACCAAAAGAUGCAGCCUGGGUUGAUUCUUGCCUGCUCAAUGAUGCUGAAUUAUCAGAAGAUAGCUGGGAUGCUAUAAAGGAUGUGUUAAUAGACAUUGUCAGCCUCCAAACAACUUCACAAAAAGCCCCAGUUUCUGAAACUGUAGAAGUUUAUGACAACAGCGAUCCAAUGAAUGAAGAGUAUGAAGACUUAGGGACGGCUAAGUUUCUCGGUAGAAUCGAGGAUGGUUAUGUUCCCAGCAAUGAAAGGGCAAAAAUUGAAGAGUUACUAGGAAUAACAGAUGACGAUGACAUGGUUUCCAUUAUCAAAAGGAUAGAAGCUGCACCAUUUCGAGAUAACUCGCGAAAAGGAUUUUUUUCAAGCUACCGGGAUCUGGACGAUACAGAUGUUGCAGCGGAUGUGGAUUCAGAGGGUGAGAUAGUCUCCCUCAGAAAAUAUUUUUAAGGUUUGGGAUUUGAAUACAUUGACAGAGGAAGACGAACUUGUUCAAGAGUUGAGAAAAGCCCUUGCAGGUAGUUGUGUUGAAGAUGCAACUGUGUCUCUUGAUGAUUCUCUCAGUGAAGACGAAACACUCGCCAGUCUCAUCUCCGGUUUAUCCGAUCUCUCCUUGCGCAAGUCCUCUAGUUGAGACUUGAUAAAUGUGUAGUAAGUAAUGCAUAUACAAAGCCAACCUACAACUAAAAGAGAUUUCGACAUUCAGAUAGUUAGUUUUCUGCUUUCCUGAUCACUUUCGUUGUUGUAUUUGAUUUCUAAUUCAAUGAUAUUUCAUAAUCUAAGGUGCAUAAUAGCAGAAUAUUACUAAAUGGAAA